AUGAGUUUCCCGUUGAUCAUCUGUAUCACCCUUGUUUCAUUCUCCAUGAAUUUCUCACCUGCAGCAUUUCAGUCUCACUUCACAUAUGGAAACCAAACUGACCGUUUAGCUUUACUUGAGUUCAAAAGUAGGCUUAUGUAUGGCAUAAAAGUAGCACAAGGCUUGUGGAAUGAUCCCGAUCAUUGUAGUUGGAUAGGAGUUUCAUGUAAUCGUGAGCAUCCAAGAAGGGUUACCGUUUUGGAUCUUAGUCAUUCGGAAUCGGUUUUGAGUGGCCCAGCGAAAAUACCUUCAGAUAUAGGAAAUCUUACGUUCUUAAUAGCUCUACGCUUGGAUUUUAGUGGCUUCUACGGUGAAAUUCCCCAAGAAAUUGGUCGUUUAUCCCGGCUUCUGUUUCUAUACUUAAAUAACAACAAUCUUGAAGGGGUAAUUCCUCCGUCCUUGAAGAAUUUGAAGGGAAUUGAAGAGUUAGUUCUUGGAUAUAAUAGCUUGUCUGGUCCAAUUCCAGAGUAUCUUGAGUCAUUUCAUUCUCUACAGAAACUGGAUUUGUCUUGGAAUAAUUUUGAAGGUGAAGUACCAAUAGAAGGGAUUUUCAAGAACGCAAGUGCAUUUUCAUGUGCUGGAAACAAUAAUCUAUGCGGAGGAACUCCUUUACUAAGGUUACAUAUUUGCCCGGAAACUCCCCCUAAGGAAUCAAGCGAACCUCUUUCUCGCAUAAAACUGCUCUUAAUAUUUUGUGGAGUUGUUUUUUGUGUUACUAUUAUCUUGGGUUUCUUUGCCGUAUUCCUUAUGUGGAGAAGAAGAAGAGCGAGAAUCAGACCUUCUUCUUCUGAAUCUCCUCCAUUUAGUGAUAUGCUUCAAAAAGUCUCGUACAAACCUUCUUCUUCCAAUUCUGAUAUGUUUCUCAAAGUGUCAUACAAAGAGCUUCUUAAAGCAACAAAUGGAUUCUCUGCAAAAAAUCUAGUUGGAGUUGGUGGUUAUGGUUCUGUUUACGUAGGAAUUUUACGGCUCAGCCAGGAGAUAACAGCAGCUGUUGCAGUGAAAGUACUAGAUCUUCAAAGGCGUGGAGCUUCUAAAAGCUUCAAGGCAGAAUGUGAAGCGUCAAGAUGCAUUCGACAUCGCAAUAUUAUGAAGAUAUUGACUUCUUGCUCUAGUGUCGAUUUUAAGGGAAAUGAGUUCAAAGCUCUGGUUUACGAAUACAUGCCUAACGGGAGUCUUGAGGACUGGUUGCACCCAACAGCCAAUAACAGACAACAUUGGAGGUCAACAAAGAGGCCACUGAAAUUUAUCGAGAGAAUAAACAUAGCUAUUGAUGUUGCAUCUGCAUUAGAUUAUCUUCAUCGACAAUGCCAGACACCAAUAGCUCAUUGUGAUCUAAAGCCAAGAAACGUAUUACUUGACGAGGACAUGAACGGCCAUCUUGGAGAUUUUGGAUCAGCUAAGUUUCUUCGCGGAGUUGUUGUCAAUGUUGAUUGCAGUUCCUCAUUCCGGAUUAGGGGAUCGAUUGGGUAUGUUGCUCCAGAGUGCGGAAUGGGUACAGCAGUCUCUACAAUUGGCGACUAUUAUAGCUUCGGGGUCAUGUUGUUAGAGUUGUUUACAGGAAAGAGACCUACAGCCAACAUGUUCAAAGAUGGCCUCAGCCUUCAUAGUUUUGCAAAAACGGCUCUUAGUACUGAUAGAGUUAUACAGAUCGUUGAUAAUACACUUGUUCUUCUCCAAAAUGGUGAGAGAAAGGCUAAGUUCUGCAAGGCUUUAACAGAGAUAUUCGAACUUGGUGUUACAUGUUCUAUUGAGUCUCCAAAAGAACGGAUGGAAAUGGAACUUGUCGUAAAAGAAUUGCAAUCAAUAAAGAAUGUGUAUCUCUCUUGAGAAUGAAGAAAACAGUAUUACCAUUUCCAUUUACCAUCGGACUCCAAGUGUGACUCACAUUAUGUCGGAGUGUGGGAUCGAUAUAAAAUCUAUUGACUCUGAAAAAACAUAAGAGUCAAAAUAAUAGAGGACAGACAGCGUACAAGAGGAAACACCAACUGGGUCCAAUUUCCAAGCAGCAGCUGGGUGAUUUCCAGUGGUGUUGAUUGUGAUAGUGAUCUGUGUUAACAUGGAUAAUAAGGUUGAUACAGAAGCAGAAGAUAAUGUUGAUAAGGGGAAAGUGCGGAAGAAUCAAAAGUCCCUUGGAUAUUACUUCCUCUAAUUCGCUUAUGCAUUCUCUGAAUUCUCAUGCAUAUUUUUUACUAAUUAUAAAAGAAAUCCAUUUUUAUUUUUAUUUUUGUACUGUGGGCCACUGGACAUGUGUUGUCGUGUGUGUAUAUAUAUA